UUCUCUCCGCCCAGUUAAGCCUCACCAACACUGUAACUGAGGACUCUGCUGGAAGACUCUUUUUCCAAUCCUUUGCUGACCUGUUGAAGUGUAAGCUUGUCUUGCUGUGCUGCCCUGGAAAACUUCCCUCUAGUCCUACCAGUCAGCGGAGACCAACAUUCCAAGCAGAUUCUUACCUCUGCCCUCAGCACUGCAGACAAGUUUUCCCCUUGUCUCUUCAGCCUAAGCCAAGCAAUUCAGCUAUCCCCAAGAAGCCUUUGGCAACCAAGCCACUCCAUCUGCCUCCCAGACAGGGCUACGAAGAACUGGAAAGACAACUUAAAGAAGUCUUUAAGGAAAGAAGCAACAUUCUUCGCCAGUUGUCAAAGACAUCAAAAGAACUCGAGGGAAUUAAAGUAAACCUCCAGUCUUUGAAAAAUGAUGAGGCACCUGCCAAAACGGAUGUACAGAAACUCUUGGAAUUAGGCCAAAAACAAAGGGAAGAAAUGAAAUCGCUCCAGGAGGCCUUUCAAAAGCAGCUUAAUGAGGCAGCUGAGAAGGCAGAAAAACAGCAGGCUACAAUUAACUUUUUGAAGACUGAAAUGGAGAGGAAGAGCAAAAUGAUCAGGGAUCUCCAAAAUGAGAACAAAAGCCUGAAAAAUAAACUCCUGUCUGGAAGCAAACUUUGUGGCAUUCAUGCUGAAGAGUCGAAAAAGAUUCAAGCCCAACUGAAGGAGCUUCGCUAUGGGAAAAAGGAUUUGAUUUUUAAGGAUUUUCUAUUUGAGAAGACAACAAUACUUUACAUUUUAAUGAAGGCACAGCAGCUUACAGACUUGGAACAAAAACUAGCAAUUGCAAAAGAAGAAUUGGAAAAAGCAGCUCUUGACAAAGAGUCACAGCUGAAAGCUCUAAAGGAGACUGUACAACUCUGCCUGUCUUCAGUUUUGCACAAUCAACCUCCUACUACAAAUAUAAUCCCUUCAAGACCGAUAGAGAGACAUACAUCCCCAGUCGCAAAUGGUUCAAAAAUUCCAUUUCGAGUGACAAACGCCAAGCAAAGAGCUCCUGCAGACAAAGAGACUCUUCAGGUUUCCUCAAGAGAUGAAGAUAAUAAUCAAAGCACCUGGGAAUGCAAUUCACAAGAUGUUGGCAAGACUUGUUUAGGAAACCAAAACAAUUCAACCUCUUCUCAGCGAAAAGUGGCAGAAACAGACUUGCAGAAAUCACAUAGUCCUCCUUGGAUGAAACCAGAAAUUAAAAAAUCAACAGAGAGAAAAGAAAACAACCCUGAAGAGUUGGCUAAAAUCAAGGAAAAGACUCUGUGAACAUCAUCCAGCUAUCUUUAAAACAUUCUUCAUUUGCUAUCGUCUUCAUCUUUUUAGUCCAGAGGCAUGAAAAUGUACCAGGUUUCUAAAGCAUGCAAUUUUUUCACUAUUUUAUGGAUGUUUGUAAAUUAGUCUAGAAAUUUCUGAAAUAGAUUGAUUAGUAUCUUUCAGCAAUAAUCCAACAGAAAUGGAUGUUUGAAAAAAUGCUUUGUAAUACAGUCCAGUUUUUUGAAAUAUUAUUCUGCCCUGAUAUGUAACUUGCUUAUUAUAA